CACGGUUCUUAAAGCUUUUGGCCCCCUACAAAUACCCUCAUUCCCUCCCUCCAUUGCCAUCAUCAACCACAAACAAUUUCAUUCCUCCAACAUCAUUGUACAACACAAAUUAUACAAUCCUCAUCCUUGUUACUACAACUUGCAACUUCCACUCCCAGUGGUCUCUCACAAGAGACCUCUGUUGGAUAUUGUUCUCUUGCUUCAGUUAAGCGAGUUACACUUUCCUUCGUGCUUAGACAUGUCAGCAACCUCCAUGACUAUGACCAACAACGUUCAAAGCCUAGAGGAAGAGACCACGAUGCCGAAGCAGGGCAUCAUCACCAUUUUGGACUCAAACUCAAACACAGCUUCUUCUUGUUCUUCCCUGCGAAGAACUCUCUCUGCAGACAUGUCCUCCAAGCACUGGCUCUCUCAAACCAUUGCUGACUCCGAAGCUGAAAGAGAGAGGCUUGAGAUAUGGAGCUCCAUUCAAAAGAGCAAAAAGGAGGAACAAGAGAAAUCAGCACCGUUUGAUACGUGGAGCACAAUCAUAUCCCUCAAGGGAAAAGAUGAAAUCUCCAAGUCACUUCCUGUGACACCUUAUGUUCACCCUCUUGUGAAAAGGUCAAAGAGUUUAAGUGAGAAGAGCCUCCAAAUCUGCACCGAGAGUCUCGGAUCCGAGACUGGCUCUGAUGGCUUGUUGUUCUCUUCUUACCCUUCUUCUGAGACAGGGGAUGUAAAGAAAGAAGAGAAAGUUUUUCUAGAACCAACUAAUCAAGAACAAGAGGAAGGAAAAAAAGAAGAAGAGUUUUACAAUUAUGUUCCAGUGGCUACAAAGAAGGCUUCAUCACCACCACGUGCUUUUCCUCCGCCACUCCCUUCACUCUCUCAUCAUCACCAAGCUGCUCCUUCACUUCACAUGCAUUCCCGCCGUGACAAUGGAAGGUUGGUUCUAGAAGCUGUUUCUGUUCCUUCUCAAAACAAUUUCAGUGUUCAGCGCCAAGAUGGUCGCCUUGUCCUCACUUUCUCCAAUCACCUUGAGGAGGAAGAAGAGAAUGAUGAUCAUGUGGAAGAAGAGUACUUAGGAGAGUGUGAGUUCGAAGAAAAUGAAGAUUAUGAAGAAGAGUAUGAGGGUGAAAAGAAAAAUGAAGAUGAAUACUCUUUUGGUACCAGGUUACAGGUAUCCUCCACUGAAGACAAUUCUGGUUUGAUGGGAUAUGAGAGUGUGAUAGAGAAAGCACCCUUAUUGUCUAGUGGGGUGAGAAGUAGUGUUCAUGAGUUGGCUUUGAUGAUGAACAAGAAUAAGCCAAUUGGUUUGGUGAACAGGAAUCCAAAGUGGUCUGAAAAGUUCAAUGAGAUGAGCAAUUUUGAGGAUGUUAAUGUUGCACAAUCGUUGCCUCCAAGGCCAAGGGUAGCUAGGUUGAUUCCAUCAGCACCAGCUAUGGUUAAGGGUUCUUUCAAUUUCAAUGCUUAUGAGUAUUGUUGGAGGACCAAGUCUGCUACAUCAAAAGGUACUGGUGUUAACCUUAACCCACUUGACCAAGAGAAACAUCAUCAUCAAGAGAACCUGAAGAGCAAGGUCGUUGUGUCUGGGAACAAGAACAAGGCGCUCUCAAAUGAGCAACAACAGUUGCUGGUUUUGAGAGGGAAGAAUGGUGAUUACUUGGUUCACAAUUUGAAGAGUUGCAAGGAUUCUAGAAGGUCGUUUCUGUUUUGGGAACCUUAUUGCAUUGCCACUUCCUGAGUAGCAACACCAACAUCAUAAUUACUAAUCCAAAAUCCAUUGUUCAAAACACUAUUUAUUACUUCAUCCUUUUAUCUCUACCCGGUUCCACUCUUUUAAAGAGUUGUUUAGUGUAGUCAAAUAAAAGAAAAGGGAUGGGAGGGAGGAGAGAAGAGAAAAAAAUACUUUAUUUGUGUUGUAAGAUCACAGAAAUUACUUGAACAGUGUUUGUCAAAUAUAACAGUCUAAUGUAUGCAGUCAUACUGUCAUACACAAAAAGUAAUCUUAGCUCA